AUUCAACACACGCACAUGCCCCCUUCAAACAUAAAUCCCACUUUGACGUUGCGUGACGCCUCCCUGGCUCGUGCGUCGCAGCUGGCAGUGAUUCGGACUGCGGGGCUUGUUUACUGCAAAGAAGGAGAAGAAGGAGACGACUUGCUUCGAAAGCGCAGCGAGGCGUGUUUCUUGGCUGCAGGCCCAGCAGGGUGCAGCGUCCAGUGUCCAGUGUGCAGACCGCCUAAACGUGGAGAGAUGCCUGCCCCGCCACCCCCGCCGCCCCCGGGAGCCCCUCCUCCUCCCAGCCUGGCACAUGCCAACACAGAGAGGCCGAGUCGCGGAGAGCAGAAGGGACGCAAUGCCCUGUUGUCCGACAUUUGUAAAGGAACCAGACUCAAAAAGACGGUCACCAAUGAUCGGAGUGGCCCCCAGCUGGACAAACCGAAAGGAGGAGGAGGUGGCGGUUCGGGAGGAGGUUCAGGUGGAGGUGGAGGUGGAAGUUCAGGUGGGGGAUUUGGUGGUGGUGGUACUCCUGCUGGUUUAGGGGGCCUAUUUGCGGGCGGGAUGCCAAAACUGCGCUCUGCAGCUAACCGAGAUUCCAACGACUCUGGACCCAACAGAGGACCCGCACUCCCCCCGAGUCGCUUCGGUGGGAGCCCCAGCCCCUUCGGUGGGGGCCAUGUCACUGGUCCUCCCAAGCUCCCGGGUGGGCCAUCUGUAGUUCGCGGUGGGGUUCCCGAUCUUCCCAAGAACCGCACAAAUCUCUCCUCAAGGCAAGACACUCCAGGGGGUGUCCCCCCUCCCAUCCCCAACACGCCUCGACCCAAUCAGAACUUCAAUCCCCGCGGGGGACCACACCCUCCGUCCCUUCCUGCGGGACCCAGAUCGAGCCCUUCAUCAGGACCACCGCCCCCGAGUCUUCUCCCAGGACGGCACGGACCCCUGCCUCCUCCCCCGGGUGGUUCCUCGAGGCCGAGCGCCUCUUCGCCGCCGCCGCCACCGCCUCCGAAUAACAGCAGGCCACCCUUACCUCCAACUCCCGGGGGUCGACCGCCACUUCCCGACGACCGGCCCCCGCCUCCGCCGGCCCCGAUUGGGGGGCACCGGCCGUCCAUGCCCCGUGACAUGCCUCCUCCACCGCCUCCUGCCGUCAAUUCCAAACCACCAUCUUCUAUCUCCUCUCGCUCCGGAGGGGGGGCGCCGCCUCUCCCUCCAGGGCGACCGGGCCCACCUCCCUUGCCCCCGACACCCGCUGUCGGGGAGGAUCAUUGCACGCCUCGUCUACCCCAAAGAAACACUUCGCUCAGCACCUGUGGCUCUUCACCCCAUCUGCGGACUGGACCCCUCCCUCCCCCACCCAAUGAGAGGCCACCUUCAUUUGGACGAAACCAAUCAUCAGGGCGCACAGGCCCACUUCCCCCACCUCCCCCCUCGGGUCGUAGCGUGAGCGGCGUCAGCAUGAGGUCAUCACCGGCACAUUCUCCAAUCGGGCGGCUGGGGUCGGAUAACUCGCGGGGCGGGCCCGGAGGUAGGCCGCCUCUCCCUCCGGAUAGACCGGGAACAGGUGGAGGCGGUGCCCCCCCACCACCGCCACCACCCAUGGGCAACGGCUUCCAGAACUCGCACCACAACCAGAUGCAUGAUGAUUGGGAGGGUCGGUUCACUUUCCACCCUGUCUCAGACCUGCCUCCACCCGAGCCCUACCAGCACUUUCACAAGACGUACCCCAGCAAGAUCAGCAAGAACGAAGGCAGAGGUAAAAAGGAAAGAGGGGCUCCUCCUCUUCCUCCAAUACCAAGGUGAAGAAGACUUGCCCAAGCGGACCCGAGGAACAGUGUUAAAAACAAUCAUAAAUGUUAAAUGUUUCAUUGGAGAAGUUUUAGCCACCACUCAUAACGUGUUCCACUCCCACAAGAUUCUCACAUUUAAUUAUCCCUCACAAACUUCACCGUUGCAUGAGUUUUGUAUCCUGAGGCCAUUAGUGAGCACAAAGUGAAUGUCACAUCAAUCAGCUUCCUCAGGGGAUUUUUUUUUUUUAUAAAGGUACGAAUAUUGAAAGUUUUGUGCCUUCAAGAGAAAUCCAGGGGUUCAUUCCUAUUAGUGCCUUAGAUAAAAUAAUGUUUGCUUGAGUGCCCACCUCUAAAAAGUGGGAAUGAGUCUGAACGGCCCUGCAACCGCUGCUGCAUCGGGACAAAUGCAAUGUCCAAUUUCACCAACAGCCAUGUGUGCCUUUCCAGUAUGUUUACUUAUUUGUAUGUCUUUGCGUUUCUGAAUGGUACUUUUUUUUUAAAUUUACCCUCCAUUUUCACUGCAGCACACACUCUUUAAUUCCCAUCCACGACUUGGAUGAUAUUGCGCUCGGCUGCAACAACAGCACUGAUUUUUCUUUGUUUGAAGGCGCCAUGUUCGAAAAUGAAGGCCCUGUUUCUGUUUGUAUGGUUAAUGAGAGUCGUAAAGUUGUUUUUACCGAAACUGUUCAGUAUUAUUAAGUGUUGUUUUAUUUCUUUACAACACUGGUGUCCAACUAUGGUCCUUGAGGGCCACCACCCUGCAUGUUUUAUGUUUCCCUCCACCAAGACAUCUGAUUGAAAUGACCAGGAUCGGGCUUCUACGGACUUUGCUGAAGAACUGAUCAUUUGAAUCGAGUGUGUCCGGGGAGGGAAACAUCUAAAAGAUGUUGAAGGGCAGUGCCCCUUGAGGACCGGAUUUGGAGACCCCUGCUUUACCACAUCCAGUAAUAAUACGGUGGGGGAUUAAAGACAGUCAAAAGUUGACAUCAGUAAAUAAAAGGAGCCGAUAUGUUUGUGCUUACUUUGGUUAAUGCUUGAUUUGUAUUGCAACCAAUCUAUCAAUCAAUUUUACAGUUAAACAUGAAAAUCAUGCUGAAA